AUGAGCGAAAACGGCAACACUCCACAAGCACGUCAGGCCCGCCACAAACAUCGUCUGGGACCGCUGAGUUAUGAGUCAUUCCGGAAGGUGGACUCUCUUCAGCUCCACGCGCCCUUCGACCACAAGGAGCGGCAUCUAGCCGAGACCAGGUCAAAGUGCCUGGAGACGGGCCGACGCGAGGAGCAGCUGGCGAAGAGACUCCGGCAGUUCCUGAAUGUGCUGGUCGGGAUCAGUGUGGGUAUUGCAGCUGUGCUGGUUCGAUACGGCUGCGAGCUGCUGGGCGGUCGACGGCGGGAGGCCUUCCUCGAGCUCUUGAUAGGCAAGCGAUCAUGGGAUUUGGAGUUCGCCGGAGUGCUCUUCAUUGCACUGGGCCGACACGUGGCGAGAGGACUCCUUGCGCUUUCCUGCGUUGAUGGUACAGUGAAGGACGACAUAGGUGACCCAGCGAUGGGCACUACUGCAUGCUUUGCUCUUUUAGCAACGCUUUGUGUCAUCCUCGUUCCACAGAGCUCUGGCUCUGGGAUUCCAGGGGUCCUGGCCUUCCUCAACGGCGUCGACCUGCAAAGCUCUCUUCGCGGCCCGGUGCUGGUGGCCAAAGCGCUGGGGACUGUCCUCGCUGUUGGUGGUGGACUGGCAGUGGGACCAGAGGGUCCAAUGGUCCACAUAGGUGCCAUUGUGGGCAUGUUGGUUUGUCGGCGCCUGGUGGCACCCACACUGCGCCGUGCCGGGCCGCUGUCUCGGCGCGUUGAGGACGAGCUCUCAAGGCAGCCGCUGCGCUACCACGUGCAGGCCGCCGUGAUGGGCGCUGGAGCGGGAAUCGCUGCGGCUUUCAACGCGCCUUUGGCAGGGACGGUUUUUGUCGUAGAGGAGGCAGCUUCCUUCUUCUCCAAACGCCUAUUGCUCCACUCCUUCGUCAGCUGCGCUUUUGCAGUUUUGACGUCGAACGUCCUGUCGGACUUGAUGGGGCUGCCUGGAGAGUCGAUCUACGAGCGGACUGCAGCCUGCUUACGGAAGUCGUCAUGGGCAUCCUGGGUCCGCUACAGCUCGAUGCCAGUUCAUGUGGCUGUAGUUGGAGUGCUCUGUGGAUUACUGGCAAUCCUCUUCAAUCGAUUGGUCGUCACACUCAGCGUCUAUUUCGCGGAGGAGGCUCAGCGUCUGGGCCGUGGUCGAGCGCUGUUCCUGCGGCGCCUCAUCUUCUCCCUCCUCGUUGGUUCCUGCUGUGGAGCUUUCGCGAUAUCCUUGCCGCACUCUGAACCAUGCAUCGAGUCCAGCCUUCAGAACGCUUUCUUUGGCAGCAGUGGCUGCAUCCUAGAGGACUGGCUCCAUCAACUGGUCACGGGAUCCCGUACGGUGAGCUCGAGCAACGUCAGCUCGGAGGUACGUGACGAGAGUUCCAACCGAACCAUGAGCUAUGUGCCUCAUCCGGGCCUUUUCGGCUUCCAAUAUGAUCCGCUCAACUGUCCCGGUGCUGUUCUCAUCAAUCCGAACUGCAGCGUAAAGGGCAUCGAGCACAUUGUUCACACAACCCAGCCCAACGCAUAUUGCUGCGGAUUUGAGAAAGUCGUCGACUUGCAGAGAGGCAAGUUUUACAACUCUUCUCGGCCGCGCGCACCGUUGGACAUGGGCAAGGAUUGGCCCACAGGUUCGUGUGACAGCUCGAGUUGGAACGAAGAGAACAAGAUCUUCAUGAACUACUACAGCCCUGGGGCAGCUCUAACCCUUGUGGCGCCGACAGCGGUGGUGAAGAAUCUGCUGGUACGCGGUGCGCCCUUGGUCCUCCCUAUGUCCACUGUGAUCUUCUUCUUAAUCUUCUACUUCGUCCUGGCUGCUUGUAGUGCCACCGCCUGGAUGCCUGGAGGCCUUCUUGUCCCCAUGAUGUGCAUCGGCGCAGCUGCGGGUCGACUUUAUGGCCUGUGCUGGCACUGGCUGCUUGGAUCAGGAGUGUCUCCGCGUCUCGCCAUUCCAUGGAUCCCUGAGAUGCAGCAGCUCCUGGACCACUUCUAUCCCGAUGCCGCAACGGUGGACGUCGAGCCAGGCAUCCUUGCAUUUGCCGGUUGCGCUGCCUUCCUGAGUGGUAGUGGCUCCCUUGUCAUGUUUGUCUUGGUGCUGCUCUUGGAGGUGUCUCUUGAGCCAUUCAUGAUCCCGGUGAUCUUGAUCUCCAUCUUAGCGGCACGCAGCACUACAUCGCUUCUGAAGUCGCACGGUCUCUACCAUGAGCUCAUGAACGUCCAGUCCUUGCCUUUCCUUGCGGAAACGGCCCACUGGCGACAAGGUCACUACACAGUGGAAGCCCUUCUUUGGGAAGAAGCACGCACACAGCGGCUGGUUGCAAAUGCGUGGCCCAGUGCUGGCGGCAGCGAGCAGCUCCGGACCUUCACUCGCGAUGCUGACGACAAUCCCGAAGUGCGUGAGUUCCCGGAGAUCAUCUCGAUAUCGAGGACAGCAACGGAGAAUGAGAUCACCGAAGUGGUGCAGAGACGACUUCCGGGCGAUGGGACGACCUUGGUGAACGGCUUUCCGGUGGUGGGCCCGGCCGGGCAGCUCUGCGGCCUCGUGACACGCGAGGCUCUUCUGGGCCUGCUCGCCCAGCAGAGCCAGAGAGUGACGCUUGAGAGCCCUCAGCCGUCUCAGCCCCGAACAGGCAGCGGCAUCCGAGACUUCUCGCUGCCCUUGGCACUGCCUCCUUCGAAUAUGGUCCUAGGCGUCGAAGACGUUAUGGACUCGGCACCGUUUGUGCUUCAGGCAUCCACUCCCAUCGUUCAUGCCCACAUGCUGUUUGCACGAUGUGGUCUCCGUCACGUCGUGGUUGUCGACAGCGGACACCGGCCAAUUGGAGUCCUGACCCGCAAAAGCCUCAUGCCCUGGCGAACGCCUUGGUUGGAUGAGACGAACUUGCACCAUGACACCUUCCUCGAACAACGGGCUGCACACUCGCCGACAGCUUCGGCCAUCGCGUCCCGGAACAAUUCGCCACCCAACACGCCGCCGCUGAGUCGGCAAGGCUCGUGGCGGCUCUCUGGGGGCCUGGCUGGCGCCGCACCCACCAGGCUGGAGCACCACCAGAGGAUCCGGGAUGAGAAUGCGCUGAGCCCGCUGGUGGAGUCGCUUCGCCUCACCAGCUUAGAUGCCACGCCAACGACAGGACCCGAGGCCGUUGAGGGUGAGGACGGCGCUCAUGAGUUUACAAUGGAGGGGGCCUGA